AUGGAUAAAUUGAAUUUGAAUUUAAAAUGGAUUUAUAAAAAUAUGAGAGAAAGCGAUCCACUAUUAAAAUCAGGAGAAAAGAAGCAGCCAGACAUUGCUCCUCUAUCAAUGAUGUUUCGUUAUGCUACAAACACUGACUACGUUCUAAUGGUAAUAGGAUUACUUGGAACCCUUUGUCACGCAGUUUUACCAGGAUUUUUAGCUCUCCAAAUCGGGCUUAUUUUCAAUACUAUGGACCCAACAUCAGAUGUAGACACAUUUUAUGAUGCAGAAGUGAGUAUAGCUAAAUUACUAUUUGGACUUGGAUUUACUGCUUUAUUUAUUGGUAUGAUUGCAGUUACCUGCUACAUCAGAGUUGGUACAGAUCAAUCAUUAAAUUUCAGACUUAACUAUUUCAAAGCUUUAGUCAACAAAUCUCUAUCAUAUUAUGAUAAGAAAAACGCAGUCCAAAUGGCUGCAUCUAUUGAUAUGGAGUGCGCUGCAAUUGAAUCAGCGUCUGGAGAAAAAGUUAUGAUUCUUAUUGAUGCUAUUUGUAUGUUUAUUAACUCAUGGGUAAUUGCAUUUUUUGUUAGUACUCAGCUUGCUUUAUUAGCAUUGCUUCAGCUUCCUAUACAGCUAUAUGCAGGAAAAAUUAUUGAAGGGUCUGGGAUCAAAGCUAUUGCGAGACUACAGGCUGCUUAUAAAGAAGCUGGAGGGAUUAGUGAAGAAGCGUUAUAUGAGGUAAAAACAGUUGCUGCUAAUAACGCUCAAGAACGUGUGGCCAGACUUUACCAAGAGAAACUCAAGCCUACUUUGAAAAUGCAAACAAAGGAUGGGUUUAUGUUUGGAGUGGGCUGGUCAGUAUAUUACGCCACUUUAUUCAUUUUCCAAGGAGUCUUAUUCUGGGUUGGUGCCUACUUAUGCAGUUUACCUUAAAUUGCAGAAUUUUAUUAAAAACAAUUUUUAGACCAAAUUCAAUAUUGUUCUCCUUACUUGAAUAUGAUCAAGACAACUGGAUUACAGGUGAACCAAUAAGCCCAGGAUUUGUAGUCACUGUUUUCUUUGCUGUUGGUGUAUCAUCUCAUCAACUUGGAAACGCCUUACCAGCUUUCCAAUAUAUCACAAGAGCUAGAAUAAGCAUCGCCUCAAUUGUUCCAAUUAUUGACGAACCUGUAGAUGAAGGCGGCAAUAUGGAUGCUACAGGAAUUAAAGGAGGAAUAGAAUUCCAAGACGUCGAUUUCGCGUAUCCUACAAACCCUGCUGUUUUAGUCUUGAAAAAAUUCAAUCUUAAGAUUAAUCCAGGACAAAGUGUAUAGAAAUUUCCCAUAGAUGUCGCUGUUUGCCCUUGAUUUGCCCACUGGGGAAAUUUUUUGGUUCGACCAGUACCAUAUGGUUUGGUCAAACCAAAAAAUUUUUCUCAUGGGCAAAUCAAAGGCAAACAGCGCCAUCUAUGGGAAAUUUCUAUAGCAAUUGUAGGAGAAACCGGGGCUGGAAAAAGCACAAUUAUUAAUCUAGUCCAACAGUUCUAUAAGUCAUGUGGAGGCAGAAUUUUGAUUGAUAAAACUGAUAUUGCAAGCUAUAAUAUUGCUAGUUUAAGGACACAGAUGGGUCUUGUAAGCCAAGAACCUAUUUUAUUUAAUGCUACCAUCAAAGAAAACAUCCUAGUCGGCAAGCCUUAUGCAACUGAUGCCCAAAUUAUUGAAGCUGCCAAAAAUGCAGGCAUUCAUGAAUUUAUUUCAAGUCUUCCUCAACAGUACUAUACUCUAGUAGGACCAAAAGGAUCUCAGCUAUCAGGUGGCCAGAAACAAAGAAUUGCAUUAGCAAGGGCUAUUAUCAGAGAUCCAAAAGUCUUAUUACUCGAUGAAGCUACAAGUGCCUUAGAUGUUAGGACUGAAGCUGCUAUUCAAGAAACAAUCAACAAAAUUAUGCCAGGGAGAACAACCAUUAUGGUAGCCCAAAGACUUUCAACUGUAAAAAAAUGUGACGUAAUUUGUGUCCUUAAAGAAGGUAAGGUACAAGAACUUGGAAGCCAUGCAGAACUUAUACAGAAAGACGGAAUUUAUGCGACACUUGUGAAAAUGCAACAGUCUAGUGAAGAAAAACUUGGACUUGGAAAACUAGAAGCUGAAGAAGCUAAAAGUAUCAGAGCUCCAGUAGGUCCUGCUGCACAAGCAGCUCAGCUUGCAAGUGCUAGUAGUUUAAUGGCAAGAGUCUUCUCUAUGAUUAUUGCUUAUUGGCAAUGGCUUUUGCUAGCCUUUUUCGCUGCUAUUCUUGCUGGUGCAGUUUUCCCUGUUUUCGGGUUUAUUUUUGCUACAAAUACAAUUUACCUUACACAAGAUGAAUCUGGGGAUAUGCCUGGAGAUGUCUUACAAAACCUCCCAUGGCUUGUACUUGAAGCCUUUUUAGUAGUCUUAUCCUUAACACUUUUAACUGGCAGCUUGACAAGAUCUACUGCUUUGUUUACCUAUGAUAUGAGAUUUAAAGGGUUAAGAUCAUUUUUGUAUUAUGAUAACUCCUUUUUUGAUAGCCCAGCAAAUAACCCAGCUGUAUUAUCAACAAGACUGAGCGCAGACUGUGCAAGAAUCAACGCAAUUGGUGGGCCAGUCCUUGGAGUUCAAGUUUUAGCAAUUGCAGCAAUGGUCGUUGCUUUAGGAAUAGCAAGCCAAUAUUCUAUUUCACUUGCCUUUCUUGUUGCUAUUUGUUUACCUUUAAUAUACAUUGGACAAAGAAAAGGCAGAAUGGCACAAAUCCGUGGCUUUGCCAUAGUAGGCCACGAAAAAGCUACAGCAGCUGCAUCUGAUGCUAUGAUGAACCUAAAAACUGUUCACGCUUAUAACUACCAAAACACUUGUAUUAAAAACUACUAUCAAGGAGCUUUAAGUGUAGCUGAGGAAGCUAAAAAACAAGCAGUUACCUCAGGGUUUUACUUUGGAUACAUGAUUUUGGUACUCUAUUUCACAUAUGGAGUAUCAAGUUGGUAUGGCGCUUAUCUAGUCAAAGAGGAUGGGCUAUCUUAUGAAGCAAUGACAUUGGCAUUUUUCACUGUAAUGUUCGCAACUUGGGCGAAUACCAUGGUUGGUGCUUUGACUCCUGAUAUUGAUGGAGGAAUUGCAGCUGCUAGAAACUUGUUUAGGGUGAUUGAUUAUAAACCAAAUAUUGAUGCGAGCUCUGAUAAAGGAGUAAUUCAUCCACUGACUGGGAGUGUUGAGUUUGAUAAUGUGAAAUUUAAAUAUCCAGCUAGGGAGGUUCAAGUGCUGAAAGGACUUAGCUUUAAGCUUGAUCCUGGUAGAAGUCUUGGGAUAUGUGGAACUACUGGAUCUGGAAAAUCUACAGUGACUCAGCUUUUGUUGAGGUUUUAUGAUAUAACUGAAGGUAUGCUCAGUUGAUUUAAUUAUGUAGCCAAUAAGUAGAUUAAGCACUUAAAAUUUAUAAUUGGCAAACCUUUUUAUAUUUCAUAUAUAAACUACCUAAAAAGCCUAAAGAGUAGCCAAGCACUUAAUCGUUAAUAAAGGAUAUAGAAUUUUAUUGAACGGCAUUGACAUCAAAGCUUUCAACUUAACCCAUCUCAGAGACGAAAUCGGCUGGGUUGGCCAAGAGCCUACUCUUUUUUCAGGAUCUUUAAGAUACAACUUGAAAUUCGGAAACCCAGGCGCAACUGAUGCAGAAGUUCUUGAUGCCUGCAGUCAGUCACAAGCUUAUGAAUUUAUUUCAAAAUAUGAAGAAGGACUGGAAAGAGACGUUGGACUAAGAGGACAGAAACUUAGCGGCGGGCAAAAACAAAGGAUAGGAAUAGCUAGGGCUUUAAUUAAAAAGCCAAAAAUCCUAAUUCUUGAUGAAGCAACUAGCGCUCUUGAUACUGCUACAGAGAGAAAAGUCCAAGAAGCUAUAGAAGGAAUGAAUAUUACAGUGAUUUCUAUUGCCCAUAGACUCAGCACUAUUAAGUAUUGCGACCAAAUUAUUCUAUUAGAGCUAGGAGAUGUUGUAGAAAGAGGAACACACGAUGAACUUAUGCAGCUUCAAGGAGCUUAUGCAAGGCUUGCGUCUGCAUAA